ACUCGACAGUCGACUCCGAAAAUUUUCGGCGUCCAUAUACACGCGUCAGCUUGUAGCAUCAACUCCGGACCUACAGUAUACAGUCACACACAGGCGGUGUACUAUAAGGCACCUACUAUAGAGAGUGUGUGUACUGUACUGUACAGCGAGUGUACAGUGCGUGUGGUUAGUCUCUGGUGUAAGGAUGCGCCGCGGCGGCACAUUGGUUAUGUAGGCCUGCUGCUGGACGAGGCGGCGCACGACAAUCGCACACCCCCGUUGUCGGCGACCUGGCCACCACCUCCGCCCCCGCAGCGCCUCGGCCGCUCCCCAGCACGCGUCGGAUACCUCACCUAUAUACUCAUCGUCUCUUCGACAGAGUCAAGAGAUUGCGAGUGAGUGAGAGAGACGGAGAGAGAGACGGAGAGAAGGCGGCGGUUCCGGGAUGCCGGGCGGAGUUGCUGGCGCAUCGUCCACCUGAGACAGUGAGAGAAGGAGCAGAUCGUCCUGCUGGACGUACUACUGUUAUCGUCGUGAUCGUCGCAGAGUGAGAGGACACAGACGGCCGCCAGGAUGUCGCACGACGACGACGUGGGAUUUCUCUACAAGACUAUGACUCGAGUGAGGAUGUUUGGCGGUGAGCAUCUGGAGUUGAUGAUGAUGAUGCUACUGGAGUCUGUGAGUCUAUCUGAGUUUUAAUGACUGUCAUAGAUGGAGUGGAUGCUUUCAGGAUUGUUUGAAUUUCAAAUUUUUGCAUCGAGAGAGACCCAAAGAAGAGAAGGGUCAAACCAGUGGAAUCAGCACAAACCUCACUUCUGGAUUUUGAUCUGGGAGAAAGUUCGGAUGACAGUGACUUUCGAAUAGAAGAUCACUGUAACGAAUCAGAUGAUGAUUCUGUAGAUUCCAAUGAUGAGGGCAAAGACGACGACGAUGACGACGACGACGAUAGUGACUCGGACGACUCGGAUGACUCCGUCAAGGACAAAGUCUCUGAGAAAAAAAAUGGAGCUGCUACAACAGUUGAGGACCUCGUUGAAAAGGCUCGACAGCAGGCAGAGAAAACCGGACCCAUGGAAGACAAACUGGCGAAAAUGCUCAUAUGCUGCGGCUGUCUAGGUGACAGGAGCGACGAUGUUAACGAAAUCGUCGAAUGCGACGGUUGCGGGGUGACUGUUCACGAAGGUUGUUACGGCGUGUCGGACGUGGAGAGCUUCUCGAGCGCUGACUCGUUGUCUCAAUCGGCACCUUGGUUCUGCGAGGCCUGCAGUGCGGGAGUCGAGGAUCCCUGCUGCGAGCUUUGUCCCAACAAGGGCGGUAUUUUUAAGGAAACAGACGUAGGAAAAUGGGUUCACCUAGUGUGUGCUCUUUACGUACCUGGUGUAGCGUUUGGAGAGGUGGACCGGUUGACGAGCGUAACGCUUUUCGAGAUGCAGUACAACAAAUGGGGAGCGAAAGCUUGUACCUUGUGCGAAGACGUGAGAUUCGCCCGAACCGGCGUUUGUAUAGAGUGUGACGCUGGAAUGUGUCACACGUAUUUUCACGUUACUUGCGCUCAAAGAGAAGGCCUGCUGUCGGAAGCGCACAGCGAGGAAGUUGACCAGGCCGAUCCGUUCUAUGCUCACUGUAAAUUGCAUUCUGACAAGACGCUCGUGCGAAAGCGUAAACGUAACUGGCUGGCUUUGCAACUGCGGGCAUCGUAUCGCCAGCAGAUGCUCAAGAAGCCGGAGUACAGGGACACCGAGGAGUUUCGCAGGAUUCAACGCAAAUUGGCCAAGCAUCGACAGAAAUACUUGGCACACAAAGCCACGAAACCACCGCCUUGGGUUCCAACGCAAAAGAUGCCGCGUUUGCUUACGACUUCGGCAACAGCGUGCAGGGCGUUGCAACGUAAGGCUGAGCUAAUGGGUGUGAACACGAUAGCUCUGGAAAACCAAGAGGAACAGAUCUCUUCGCUUGUCGAUAUUCGCAAAAAGUGGCACAUAUCACCGGCCUUCAGUGUUGAGUUUAUCAGCUACUUCAUUGAUCGAAUCGCACGUACCACUGACAUGAAGACAAGGCUGAAAGAGCUGAUCGAGGCCAAUUCUCGACUUCUUGGAGAGCAACAAGAGCUCGAUAAGAAGUACGAUGAGGCGAUGAGGUUAAACGAGGAACAAGGGCAUAUCUAUGACGAAAGGAGAGAAAAGAUAGAGAUGUACCAUCGGGUACUCAGGGCGGCUAAUUACGCGAAACCUCUGCCAUCCGUUAACGAUAUCGCUAAACCUAAGCCACCAGCACCUGUCGUUGCAGGUACGAGCACACCGUCAAUCGUGGCACUAAAAACUGCUGCUGCUGCAUCAUCAUCGGCGGUAAAGACUGAGACACACCGAACACCAAACACUCAUCAUCAACAGCAGCAACCUCACGCCACUACUCUGCCGGAGCAGAAUCACAAAGUUGAACUUCAGUUAAGGCACCAAUGCGGUAUCUGCAGGAGGUCAACAAACCAGCAUUUGCUGGCCAAGUGCGAUACCUGCCAUCUGCACUAUCACUUGUCCUGCUUGACGCCGCCGCUCACGCGUAUGCCCAAGAAGACGAAACUGAUGGGAUGGCAAUGCUCGGAAUGCGACAAGGAGACCUCCGGCUCGGACGUGGAGCGCGUGGACACCUCGGCGCCGCGUCGACUCAGGCACUGCAAGGACGAUUCAUCGUCGCAUUCUUUGGCGCCGCCGACGCCAACCCCACCGCAGCCAACCCCGAGCACACCUACACCUGCACCAGUAACACCAACGGCCUCUCACCAGAACUCGAUGACGAUAGUCGAGGAAGCCCUGGUGCACAAGCCACCACCGAUGGCCAACAGCACACCUCUGAAGAGCAGUCCGGGUCAGCUGGCUAAGAGGCAGCAACUCCAGCAGCAGCAUCAUCUACAACUACAGCAGCAACUGCAGAUGCAGCAGCAAAAUAGCAUUGUAAUGAACAACAGUAACGAGAACUUGGUGCCGGUUAUUAACAUAAUUCCUCACACGCCUAAGGUAACGAUCAAGCCAAUGGUGCCACAGCCUAAGGAACCCGAGCCAAUGCAAGUGGACGAAGUCAAUUACAAUCAUCACGGGGUAAAUAAUUCCGUGCCGAGAGAAGGCACUCCGGAAUACAGAAUGGCUCCUCUGGACGGCAUCGUGGAGCACACAUCGGGUCGAAGUGGAAAGAAGCGAAGAAGAGAAAAGCACAAAAGAUACACUCCAGAUCCGAUAACUGGAGUGAAACAAAGGAAACGAAAGCACAAACGAAAGAGCUUGGAUGCGGAGAAUCCGGAGAAUCACGGUCCUCCUGAGGUUCAUCGACGAAUCACUAUAAAAAUCAAGCCUAUCCCGCUGCCGGAGGGCGAGGUACCCUCGGACUCACACCCUCAAUUGUUUGUGGCUUCGUCCACCAGCACAGAAAUAACGCCGCCGAAACCGAAGCUACAUCCGUUACCUCCUCCGGCACCGACGCCAUCGACAUCUCAGUUGCCUGGCUCGACAAUUCCGGUGGUCCUAAAUACACCACCGGUGACAACGUCGACGACGAAUCGAGGGUCGACCGGUGGCAGAAAGUCCAAGGACGCGGAUCUCGUCUCGCAGUGCACGGUCUGCAGCACCAUCGGCACUAAUCAAAAUUCUGUCAUAUGCGACGAAUGCAAGAAGUGUUACCACUUCACGUGUCUUGAUCCUCCAGUCAAGAAAUCUCCGAAGAGACGAGGUUACUCUUGGCACUGUGCUGACUGCGAUCCUAGUGCCUCGGAGCCAGAGAACUAGCACCAGCUGAAAUGAAGUACACGCUGUGUACACAAGCAGAACUGUAUAAUUUUGUACAUUGAUCAAAACAAAACAAAAAAAAAGAUGUGAAUCGACUUACGCGUAAGGUACGUCAAGUAUACAAAUCAUGUAAUAAGUUAUGAGAAAGUUGACGUGAACAACUUUUCAUUCCUCUCUCCUGGAGUCCAUAUUGACUGCGACGUUGUAAUUAUUGAUUAUGCACAUUUCCGUCGUCAGUGGCCGACUCAGCCGCCAGCAGAUAUGUGCGUGCAAUGAUUCUUUUUUCCCUUUUUUUUGCUACAUAAUGAACUUUUCGUAGUGAUGAGAUUUUGUCACUCUUGGGAGAAAAAUCAUGAUUGUAAAACCGUGAAACCUAUCUUGUUAAACUUAAAGCGAAUACGGUUUCUUCGUUUCUUAAUAGUAUUGUAAUUCGAUGAUAGAUAUUUAAAAAAAAAUUGCAACCUUGCAACGCAAUCGUCACAGGUUACAAUUCUCUUCGGUAAUCAUUCUUAAGUGAAUCAAAUUAUUAGUCAUUGGCAUGUGAAAUUCUAUUUUUAUUUCUUAGAAUAUUUGGGGAGAGAUUGUGGUUCGAUAUUUUUAAUAGAACUUUGAUUUGUUUUAUUUGAUUUUUUAUACAUGUUAAUAGCUGUUGAAGGUUUUUAUUUUUAAAGUUACGAGAUACUUCAUUUUUACAAACCCUGCAAUCGUUUUUGAGCACAGUUUACCAAGUUGUACAAAAUUGUAAUGAGAAACUGCAAACUCUCCUUUAAUUUUUUUCUAUGAUUACCGAAUAUAGAAUAUUGAUGUAUUUUGAAGAUAAAAUUGUAUAUUUAGUUUAUCGUGACUUAUUUGCAAGGUAUUUUUUAAAUUAUGAAUUGGAUUUAUCAUCGUGCUUUGGUAAAUUAUGUCUAGCACUAUUUAAUUAAAGUAAUUAUAUUCUUGUGCAAAAUCAAUGGCAGCAAGUGAAUUGAUUAAUUCAGUCAACGAUGUGAGAUAAAUUUUAUACAUCAUUUCUUAUGAAUACAUUGUAUUUUAUGCGAAUAAAAUUAUUCAUUUGCAAUAAAA